AUGUCCGACAUCGAGAAGAUGAUCGGUGGCGACUACGCCCAGCUCACCAACACCAACAUCCGCAGCUUCGGAUGGAAGGGUGUCACAGUCACAGUCAAGGACCGACAGUCGCAGCAACCCAAGACCAUCCUAUCAGACAUCAAUGGCAUCGUCAAGUCCGGUGAGCUUCUUGCUCUCAUGGGACCUUCCGGUUCCGGAAAGUCCACACUCUUGAACGUCCUCGCCCACCGAACAGCUUCGCUGGCCGCCAGCGUCAAGGCCGCGAUAUACAUUAACGGCUCAGCAGCCAAUCCAAAGACUUUCCGCAGAAUCUCAGCCUAUGUCGAACAAGAAGAUGCAUUGGUCGGCUCGCUCACAGUCCGGGAAACACUCAACUUCGCAGCGAGAUUGUCACUGCCAAAGACCGUCAGCAAGCUGGAGCGCAUCCAGCGUAUUGAGGCACUUCUCACAGCCUUCGGUCUCCAAGGCCAGGCCAACAACUUGAUCGGUACACCGAUCAGGAAGGGUAUCUCUGGUGGUCAGAAGCGUCGUGUCAGUGUUGCAGCUCAACUCAUUACCAGCCCAAAGCUCCUCUUCUUGGACGAGCCCACUUCUGGUCUGGACUCGGCGGCCUCGUUCGAGGUCAUCUCCUUCGUCAAGGAUAUUGCCAAGAAGCACAACCUCAUCGUCAUUGCGUCGAUACAUCAACCUUCGACUUCGACCUUUGCCAUGUUCGACAAGCUCCUUCUGCUGUCACAGGGUGGCACAGCAUACAGUGGACCAGUGUCUGAGGUGCAGCCGUACUUUGAUGCCUGUGGCUUCCCAAUUCCACUAUACAUGAACCCAGCAGAGUUCAUCAUCGACUUCGUCAACACGGAUUUUGCCCGCGACAGGAGUGAAGUCGAUCAACAGCUGAACAUGGUGCAUUCAUCGUGGCACAAGUCACGUCUCGCCACCGCCACAGUCACCGAACUGACGGACGAGAUGGCACGCAACUCGAUGGACACCGACGUCAACGCUGAAUUCAAGGACGAGUCCGCUGGCGCUAUCGCCAUCCCGCUUGCACUCAUCCACCGUGCAUUCAUCAAGUCGUACCGCGACAUUAUUGCCUACGGUAUCCGAAUCGCCAUGUACAUGGGUCUCGCGGUCAUGAUGGGAACUGUCUGGCUCCGUCUGAAUCCAGACCAAGGCAACAUUCAGUCCUUCAUUAACGCCAUCUUCUUCGGUGGAGCCUUCAUGUCCUUCAUGGCAGUGGCGUAUAUCCCGGCUUUCCUGGAAGAUCGUGCCUUGUUUAUCAAGGAACGCGCCAACGGUCUUUAUGGUCCAACUUCCUUCCUGGUCGCCAACUUCAUUACUGGUAUUCCUUACCUGUUCCUGAUUGCGAUGCUCUUCUCGAUCGUUGCCUACUGGCUGUCCAAUUUCAGGCCAACCGCACAGGCCUUCUUCACAUGGGUCAUGUGGCUCUUCCUGGAUCUUAUUGCCGCCGAAUCUCUGGUCGUCCUGGUCAGCUCUCUGAUUCCAAUCUUCGUGGUCGCCCUUGCCGGAACUGCUUUCGCCAACGGUCUCUGGAUGUGCACAGGUGGUUUCUUGGUACCACCACAGACACUGAACCCCUUCUGGCGAUACGUCUUCCACUACAUCGACUACCAGUCGUACGUGUUCCAAGGCAUGAUGGUCAACGAGUUCGGACAGCGAAACUUCACCUGCGGCAUGGACUCGCAAGGCGAAUGUUCAUGCAUGUACGAGACUGAACUUGCACACCAGUGCAUGAUCGCAGGUACUGGCGUGCUGAAGAACUACGGCUACAAGACCGGUGAGACUGGCAAGUGGGUUGGCAUCAUGCUCGGUAUCAUUCUUGGCUACCGGAUACUGUGCUGGAUCACUCUUUACCUGCGCAGGACCUAG